GGUGACCCAAUGCUUGCUGGGAAAUAGAGUCUCUUCUGAACGCGUUCCUGUUUCCUACAGGUUUCGCGAGAUUUUACAUAGGCGGGUUGGUGUGUGGCAACAUUUCUCUGCCAGACGAGCUGAACAAUGCUGAUAUGAAAUCUGCUUAAAGUAACCUUUGAAUUUCUGGAGGCAUGUCCAAGAAAAGGGGCAGAAAGCGGAGCAGCGGGGAACUGAGUGACACAGUAACCCCAGACCCCAACUGCAUUCUGGGACUCCGUAUUCAGCAUAACUGGCGGGAGAGGGGAAACCAGAGCAAAUGGAAGGGAACAGUACUUGACAGAGUUGGUGUGAAUCCUUCCCUCUUCAUGGUGAAAUAUGAUGGCUUUGACUGUGUCUAUGGCAUUGAGCUGUUCAAGGAUGAGAGAGUGUCUAACCUACAAGUCUUGCCAGAAAAAGUUGUAAACAAUAAAGUCAAGAUACCUCCAGGGGCGGAGGAGUUGGUUGGCAAAGCAGUGGAGCAUUUGUUUGAAAAGGAAGAUGGAGAGAAGAAUGAGUGGAGAGGCAUGGUCCUCUCCAGAGCACCAGUUAUGACCAACUGGUAUUAUAUUACUUAUGAAAAGGACCCCGUUCUUUAUAUGUACCAGCUAUGGGAUGACUACGCUGAAGGAGACCUCAGGAUUCUGCCUGAAGCAGAAAACAAGCACCUGCUGCCUGCAGACAGGAAGCCGGGAGAAGAGACGGAGAGUCUCGUUGGGAAACAAGUGGAGUACGUUACUGACAAGGGUGUGAAGAGAACAGGCCUGGUCAUCUACCAGGUCCCAGCCAAGCCCUCUGUCUACUAUAUCAAAUAUGAUGAUGACUUUCAUAUUCAUGUCUAUGACCUUGUCAAAACCACCUAGAGAUAGUGGACACUUUUAUCUCGUUCCCCAGCAUUUUUCCAUCUGCUACUGUUCCACUCAUUGCUGCAAUCUUUUAUUCAAAGCCUAGACGGGUUUAAAUAGUUGACAUGCUUUACUGUUCAGAAGUCAGUGCAAUCUCUUUUUUUUUUUUUUUUUGUAUGCACAGCAUAACUGUAGCACUGCUAUGCUUGGAUGUUUUGCGGAGAGAGUCUUUGUUUUAUUGUUGCUGCUCUAUUUUAAACAUCACUUUAAAGUUUGAACAGGCGAAGAUUACACUGCACAGCAUUUGUAAAGUUGAAAAUACGUUAUGCAGUGUUUUCUGAGAUCUGUCUCUUAAUUAAAUUCCAAUGACUAACAAUGCUGCUUAGUAUCUCCUUUCAAAGGGCACUUUAUUUUGGCUUAUCUAAAUUGAUGAUAAGCAUGACACGCACUUGUGAACUAGAUAUUUUUCCAUUAAGUUAAUUAUUAAAAGAAGUGGGCAGUCACACGUGUGUGUUUAUUUAACAAAUUCAAACACACUGUUAAUACUAGAAGACAUAAAUUGAAGUAACAUUGUAAAAUCACCUCGAGGCCCAUUAUUUUUAAAAGCCAACAUGCACCUUUGCACCAUGUGAAGUAUUGUAGCGUUCAUAGCCGUAUGAAGUGGCUAUAUGCUGCAUUAUGCCAUUCAUGCUGAACAUCUCCUUGUGACCUUGAAGGAAGGUUUCUUCACAGGCCCUAAAUUGGAACAAAAGCGCAAGUAACACAUUUGUGCUGGUAAUUAAUGUACUAAAUUUGUGUAUGAAUUUGAUCCCACUGAUAUCAUAAAGUGCCUUUUGGCUUGUCAUUUUGCAAUACUGCACUUAUUCUGAGUGUGCUCUUGUUAAUGAACCUUUGCCUGUGGAGGCUGCUAUGUGGUUUUCAUUUUGAAGUGGCGACACUGACUAGAGCAACGUUUUAAAAUUAUCAGUUUGUAUUAGUGAUGUGUGUGUGUGUGUGUGCUCUUAAUGCAGUUUGAAAAUGUUAUUCAAACAUAAUGCACAUUAUCAUUGGUUGUAAAAUCUCAUUGUGGGGAGCACUUUAUUGUAUAAAGUUUACAUAUUUAGGUUAUGGUACACUAAGUUCCCCAAAAUGCUAUUUCCUUAUGUGCAAAUGUGGAAGAGUUACACUUUAAGAUACAUGCAUGAAAAGGAAAAAAAUAAAUAAAUAGCUGCAGUACAUGACAGUAUUUAAUCUUCAAAACUUGUGUAUGAUUACUUGUAAUGUUGCCUGUUGUGAUUACUUCAGUUUAUUGGACUGUCUCAUUAAAACUUCACCAGCUUCUUGUAAAAAAGUAAUCUACAUUAAAAUAUAUUUAAAGAUUGUAAUCAA